CUCAGAGCUUUCCUGAUGUAUAUAUGCAAGUAGCCAGGGCUGAGUCGGCCCUUUGAGACAGGAAUACAAUAACACGGAUUGGGAAGCCACAGAGGUUCUUCCUACUUCUCUGUUUCUCGUGGGAAUGAGUUGCCAAGCUUUUCCUUCGGCUGAUAGUUUCAUACCUCUGAACUCUGACGCUCCUGCCGCCCUGCCUCUGCUCAUGCAUCCCAGUGCUGCUGAGUGUCUGCCAGUCUCCAACCACACCACCAAUGUGAUGUCCACAGCAACGGGACUUCAUUAUUCUGUUCCUUCCUGUCAUUACGGAAACCAGCCGUCAACCUACGGAGUGAUGGCAGGCAGUUUAACCCCUUGUCUGUAUAAGUUUCCUGAGCACACCUUGAGUCAUGGAUUCCCUCCCUUGCAUCAACCUCUGCUGGCUGAGGAUCCCACGGCUGCCGAGUUCAAGCAGGAACUCAGGAGGAAAAGUAAACUGGCGGAAGAGCCAGUGGACAUGGAUUCUCCCGAAAUCCGGGAACUUGAAAAAUUUGCAAAUGAAUUUAAAGUGAGAAGAAUUAAGUUGGGGUACACCCAGACCAACGUGGGCGAGGCCCUGGCAGCUGUGCACGGCUCCGAGUUCAGUCAGACCACCAUCUGCCGGUUUGAGAACCUGCAGCUCAGCUUCAAAAACGCUUGCAAACUGAAAGCCAUAUUAUCCAAAUGGCUGGAGGAAGCCGAGCAAGUCGGAGCUUUAUACAAUGAAAAAGUGGGAGCAAAUGAAAGGAAAAGAAAACGGAGAACAACUAUAAGCAUUGCUGCGAAAGACGCUCUGGAAAGACACUUCGGAGAGCAGAACAAACCUUCCUCUCAAGAGAUUCUGCGGAUGGCUGAAGAACUGAACCUGGAGAAAGAAGUAGUCAGAGUUUGGUUUUGCAAUCGAAGACAGAGAGAAAAGCGGGUAAAAACAAGUCUGAAUCAAAGUCUAUAUUCUCUUUCUAAGGAACAUCUGGAGUGCAGAUAAGGUUGCCUCU